AUGCACAAAGACAAAGCUCCAGGGCCUGACGGAUUCAAUCCUGGUUUUUACAAAAGAUUUUGGGAGGUUUGUAGCGAAGACAUUCUUUCCUCUUGCAACUCUUGGCUCGAAGCUGGUGAGCUUCCCCCACACAUCAACGACGCAGUGAUUGCAUUAAUCCCAAAGUGUCCUAAUCCAUCAAGCAUGAAAGAGCUUCGACCAAUUGCUCUUUGUAAUGUGAUAUAUAAAAUACUCUCGAAAGCUUUAGCAAAUCGUCUAAAACCUCUUCUCCAAAAGUGCGUCUCCCUCGAACAGGCUGCUUUUGUUCAAGACUGCCUUAUCACAGACAAUGUGCUCGUAGCGUUUGAAGCUAUCCACUACCUACGUUGUAGCGGAAAGAGAACUAAACAUGAAGCAGCUUUGAAGAUCGACAUAAGCAAGGCUUUUGACAGGCUCUCCUGGAACUAUCUACGUUGCAUCUUGGAGCGAUUUGGUUUUUGCAGAAAAUGGGUAAGUUGGAUGAUGAUGUGUAUAACUUCCGUUCAUUUUCAAGUCCUACUUAAUGGAAAUCGAGUUGGUUCCAUUGUUCCUGGUAGAGGUCUCCGACAAGGAGACCCCCUCUCCCCCUACCUCUUCAUUCUAGGUAUGGAAGGAUUAUCUAGCCUUAUUUAUAAAGCUGAACGUCUAGGGAACAUGCAUGGCAUUCAAAUCUGUCGUGGUGCUCCCAAACUGCAUCAUCUCAUGUUCGCGGAUGAUGUAUUCCUUUUCUUCCAAGCUUCUGAGAAAGAGACCAAUGAGGUUGCUACCAUACUGAAAACUUUUGAGGUAGCCUCUGGUCAAGCCAUAAACUACGAUAAAUCUGAAGUAUUCCUGAAUAGACAUGCACCUCCUACUACUCACAUUAUGUUAUCUAAUACUCUGCAUGUCCAGAAAUGCGUGACCACUGGAAAAGAGACCCUCAUCAAGGCUGUUCUGCAGGCUCUCCCUUCAUAUGCUAUGAGUGUCUUCAUGAUUCCAAACCGCACCAUAGAUGAGAUUGAGAAAUUACUAAAUGCCUUCUGGUGGGGUGCAAAUUCAAAUAAGCACAAGGGAAUUAAGUGGAUGCGCUGGGAAAGGCUAGCCAUCUCCAAACUUGAGGGUGGACUUGGUUUCAAAAAUUUAUCUGCCUUUAACCUUGCUAUGCUUGGUAAGCAAGCUUGGAGACUUCUUAGCAAUCCAAACUCUCUGAUCCGUAGAAUCUACCAAGCAAAAUACUACCCCAAAGGUAGCUUUCUCAAUGCUUCACUGGGCCACAAUCCCAGCUAUACAUGGAAAAGUCUUUGGAGCACCCAACAUCUACUUAAGAAUGGUAUCUGUUGGAGGCUUGGGAAUGGGAAUACCAUUCCUGUUUGGGGCGAGCCUUGGAUCAAAUACAAUGACAAUUACCAUUGUAUUCACCCUCAUGACCCCUCAAAUAGCCAAGCUUUUAAAGUUUCUGAUCUGAUGAGCAAUGAUAAGAAUGGUUGGAACGAUGUUUUGAUUAAUUCCCUGUUAGAUAAGGACACCAGCAACCGGAUACUCAACAUUCCUAUUCUCAACCCACACUGUGAAGAUAAACGUAUUUGGAAAUGGAAUCCCUCGGGUUCUUACACUGUUCGUUCUGCUUAUAAAGGUUAUCUCCAGCAUUGCCUCUCCAUGGGUAAUCUCAAUGUUCCUGGUCCAUGGAAAAACAUUUGGAAUCUACGCAUUCCCCACAAAAUUAAGCAUUUCAUAUGGAGAUUGAUGCGAGACAUCCUUCCCACGCGGCCAAACCUUCAAAAGAAAGGCAUUCGUUGCCCAAGUACAUGUUUCCGAUGUAAUACUGAUAUCGAAAACACCUGGCACACUUUCUUUAGUUGUCCAUCAGCCAAGUUGUGCUGGCAGGGAAGUAAUCUUCACUCUUGUAUCUUGAAUUUGAUCAACUCCUCUGAUGGUGUCUUUAACCUCAUAUCUCAUAUUUUACAGCAUUGGACCCCUCAAGCUGCUGCAGAAUUUUCCAUGAUUCUCUGGAGCAUGUGGCACAGCCGGAACGCUUUGCAUUGGAGUAACACUCCUUGGAACCCAGACGAGAUCAAUCUUCGCGCCUCCUCCAUGCUUCAUGAUUGGGCCACUGCUAACAGAAUCGACCUGGUCCAGCGCACUAAAACCCAAACCAGACAGCGGUGGUCUCCUCCCCCCCCAAGGGUCAUUUAA